AUGAAGAACCCAUUGAGAAUAGUUGUUUUAUUCAAUGUGUUUUUGAGUACUAUUGUUUUUGUUAAUUGCUUCAAAGAUUUUGGGCAUACAGGGACAGUACCACCCACUAGACAGCCAUAUAUUGUUUACAUGGGGGAAAAGCCAGAAGCACUUUCAACUUACACAGCAACAAUUUCUGCUCAACAAAAUAUUCUUUCUGGGGCCAUUGGAGACCCAAGAGUAGCAACUGAAUCCAUGAUAUAUAACUACUGGAAGAGCUUUAAUGGGUUUGCUGCAAACUUACUGCCUCACGAAGCAAGCAUAUUAUUAGAAAAUAGUAAUGUAGUAUCAGUAUUUCCAAGUAAAGUGUGGAAGCUCCAUACAACUAGGUCAUGGGAUUUCAUUGGGAUGCCUCUCUCUAUCAGAAGGAAAAACACAGUAGAGGCCAAGCUUAUCAUAGGUGUCCUUGAUACUGGAAUAUGGGUAGAUUCUCUCAGCUUCAAUGAUACAGGUUAUGGACCUCCCCCAUCAAAAUGGAAGGGUGAGUGCACUAAAAAUGCCCUCAACUUUACUGGAUGCAACAAUAAAAUUAUUGGGGCAUCAUACUAUAAUCUUAACCAUAUCGCGGGGCCUACCGACAUUCUUAGCCCAAUAGACACAAACGGGCACGGUACACACACUUCUUCCAUUGCAGCCGGGAGCCCGGUCUCUGGAGCUAGUUUAUACGGUCUGGCUAAAGGAACUGCUCGUGGAGGUGCGCCUUCAUCGCAUCUUGCAAUGUACAAAGUGUGUUGGGAAAUGGGUUGUAGUGAUAUGGACAUUCUAGCUGGUUUCGAUGCGGCUAUAUCGGAUGGUGUUGACAUUAUAUCUGUUUCAAUUGGAACUGAGUCAUCUAGCUUUUUCGAGGAUUCUAUAGCCAUUGGAUCUUUCCAUGCCAUGAAGAAAGGUAUAUUGACAUCUUGUUCAGCUGGGAAUUCAGGGCCUGCUUUAUUUACGGUUCAAAAUGUAGCUCCUUGGAUUGUCACCGUAGCUGCUUCUAGUAUUGAUAGGCAGUUUAAGACUGACGUUAAAUUGGGGAAUGGGAUGGUUAUUUCUGGAACUUCCAUCAACACAUUCAUACCCAACAAGCAAAUGUACCCUUUGACUAAUGGAGCCAACACUGUUGACAAUAAUAGCUCAAUUGAGGGACUAAAUGUUAGUGCUUGCGACCGGGCAGCGUUGAAUAAGGCUAAGGUGGCGGGGAAGAUAGUGUAUUGCCUUGGCAACGAUGGGUUUCAAAGUUCAACCAUCAAAGAUUUUGGAGGCGUUGGAACCAUCAUGUCCGAUGAUCCUACCAACAUUGUAGCAUCCACCUUUUCAGAUCCAGCAGCUGUUGUCAACAUAAGGGAAGGCUCAAGGAUUGAUCAUUAUAUCAAUACCACCAAAGAUGCCAAGGCUGUGAUAUACAAGUCCAAAACUAGUUCCAUGAAUGCACCUUUUAUUGCUUCUUUCUCGUCUAGAGGACCUCAAACCAUCACUCCAUGCAUCCUUAAACCCGAUUUAGCAGCGCCUGGACUAAACAUAUUAGCAGGAUUUUCGCCAGUGGCACCUAUGAGCUCAGAACUAGGUGACACGAGAAGAGUGUCAUAUAACAUAGAAUCUGGAACAUCAAUGGCUUGCCCUCAUGUUAGUGGUGCUGCUGCCUAUGUAAAAUCUUUUCAUCCAGAUUGGUCACCGGCUGCUAUCAAAUCUGCUCUUAUGACAACCGCAACUCCUAUGAAGGUAAGGAGACAGGAGACAGAAUUAGGAGCCGGGUCGGGCCAAAUAGACCCAAGAAAGGCACUAAAUCCAGGUCUAAUAUAUGAUCUCACAGAGAGUUCCUACAUAAGUUUUCUAUGCAAAGAAGGCUACAAUAGUUCCACCAUUAUGUUGCUUACAAGUGACAAGUUGAAGGAUACCUAUAAUUGUUCAAACUACAAAGAAGCAAGGGGAUCGGAUGGCCUUAACUAUCCAUCAUUGCAUUUCCAACUGCUGACGACAGAUAUUGCUGCCAAGAAUUUCUCGGUGAUUUUUCAUCGAACAGUCACCAAUGUGGGGAAGAAACAAGCAAUCUACAACGUAAAAGUCAAUUCAACUCAAGGGCUUAAUGUUGAAGUUACUCCUGAUAUAUUGAAAUUUAACAAUGUCCACCAUAAGCUGUCGUUCAAGGUUGAGGUUCAUGGGAUGCUUGAAAGGGGGGUCGAUUUGAAAUCAGCAACCUUGGUUUGGACUGACUCUAGACACCACGUUACAAGUCCUAUAGUUGUUUCUAGAAUGUUUGCUUAA